UUAAGGUUUCAAAGAGCUCCAUUUUGUGAAAGCUGUUGAAGCCGAGCACCGUCCCAGUGAAAAGGCGAAAUCUAGAAACGACAAAAAAGUCAAAGUUAGCCAACGAACAGCUCGAUAACCAAGUUAGUAUCCGAAAGGAAAGCAAAUCUUAUCGUAUGUCCGAUAUCCAGAACCUCCAAACUUUUGACCCCUUUGCUGAUGCAACUAAGGGUGAUGACCGCCUCCCAGCUGGGACAGAGGACUAUAUCCACAAAAUCCAACAGCGGAACGGCAGGAAGACCCUCACCACUGUCCAGGGCAUUGCCACCGACUAUGAUAAGAAGAAGCUAGUCAAGGCCUUCAAGAAGAAGUUUGCUUGCAAUGGGACAGUAAUUGAGCACCCAGAGUAUGGUGAAGUGAUCCAGCUUCAGGGAGACCAACGCAAGAAUAUCUGCCAGUUCCUCAUUGAGAUUGACCUGGCCAAGGAGGAGCAGCUCAAAGUCCACGGCUUCUAGAAGCUGCUAGCAGCCCUCUCCCAUUCUCUCCUAGAAGGCCAUUAAACUCCCUCUCCUAUGUGCUGCUGUUCCUCUUCCUUCCCCCUCUCCCCCCCUUGCAACCCCACCAGCUCAUAUUAGCUAACAAAUACCUCUGACAAAUAUGGGAUUCUGUAACACCAACAUCCCCCUACAACACCAGGGGGCAGGCUCGCUCUCGCAAAGACACACCACUGCAGCGCCACACAUCAGGGAUGAGUGGUGAUGACCCUCCCACACACGUCUCCUUUCUUUUCCCCUGUUUAUUUCCUUUUUAAUUUCCUCUUUUUAGGUCUUGUGCCACAACAAAAGAGGCACUGUUUCAUGUAACUUUUUUGUUUUGUACUUAAAGGUGUUUCAAUAAAACGUUGAGUCUCCAUA